AUGGUUAAAAUGACAUGCACUAUCACCACUACGCUCGACAAGGACGUUUUUGCGCUGGUUGUCUACAGCCAAGAUGAAAAUUAUAAAUGGCCAAUAAAGCUGUCCCAACUUGUCAAGGAUGAAUGGGUGUUUAGAAACGAUUACAGAUCAGACGUCAUUUCUCAGUCACUAGCCUGUGGUUGGUUCCAUGACCCUGGAAGCGAAAAGCAUGAGAAGUUGGCAUUCUGUGUCCGAAAAAAGUCUAAUGACUCCGACUGGGAGAUUAAGCUCAUCGACGAAGUGGAGUCGGGCAAGACGGCUUCGUGCAUAAACACGGAAGGCAUCGAUGUCUACUUUAUCGAAGCCGAAACCGGAAUCGGUUGGUCUUAUCAUAAGGCAUAUGAUGGAGAGGAAUAUACAAAAAAGCCAUUGGGACAGCCGGGCGACUUUGCGAAAGUCACUGAACUGUGUGCUGUCAGUCGUUGGUUUGGUGAGCCUCGCCUGUUCGGACUCUCCGAUGGAUAUUUGAAAGAAUUUCAAUACAACGAAUCUCGAACGCACAUCGUCGGCACUCCUAUCACAACAGCCCGCAGUGGACUUUCCUCGCUGUCUGCGACAAUUGAACAAGAUCGCCAUAACAGUCCUGAAACAAUCAGAUUAACUUAUUUUCCGGACGAUCAAGACAUCAUGGGAACAUAUGUUUGGACCCAAGCAGAGGGAUGGAAACCUGGGCCCCAGAUUGUCUGA